AUGGCGAAGUCUCAGUUCCUGGAAAAGAUAGAAAAAGGUUGUGGAAUGAGGAAAAAAUCCUUCAGGUCAAUUGAAGAAAACGAAGUUUAUCUGCCUAACGAUGAGCUCUGGAUCUAUGAAAUGGAUAGCGGGUUAUGGACUAUGCACCUAAUGGAAGGAGAGUUACCCACCUCCAUGUCAGGAAGCUGUGGGGCAAGCAUUAAUGGGAAGCUGUACAUUUUUGGUGGAUUUGAUGAUAAAGGAUACAGUAAUCGGCUGUAUUAUGUUAAUUUGCGAACAAAAAACGGAACCUAUAGGUGGAAAAAAAUUACAAAUUUUAAAGGUCAACCUCCUACACCACGUGACAAGCUUUCCUGCUGGGUGUAUAAGGACAGGCUAAUAUAUUUUGGUGGUUAUGGCUGUAGGAAGCAUAAUGAACUGAGUGAUUGUUUUGAUGUCCAUGAUGCGUUUUGGGAAGGACAGAUAUUCUGGGGAUGGCAUAAUGAUGUUCAUGUUUUUGAUACAACCACACAGACUUGGUCUCAACCAGCAAUUAGGGGUGGAGAUCCACCUCAGCCUCGAGCCGCUCACACUUGUGCUGUGCUGGGAAAUAAAGGUUACAUCUUUGGAGGACGAGUGCUGCAAACGAGAAUGAAUGAUUUGCACUGCCUGAAUUUAGACACAUGGACUUGGUCUGGAAGAAUUAAUAUCAGUGGAGAGAAACCAAAAGAUCGAUCCUGGCACACGUUGACUCCGAUAGGAGAUGACAGACUCUUUCUUUUUGGUGGACUAAGUUCCGAUAAUGUUCCUUUAAGCGAUGGCUGGAUUCACAACAUUAUGACAAACGGAUGGAAACAACUUACCCAUUUGCCUAAGAGUAGGCCUAGAUUGUGGCAUACAGCUUGCCUUGGAAAAGAAGGAGAAGUGAUGGUGUUUGGUGGAAGCAAAGAUGACCUGCAUUUCAUGGACACAGGCCACUGCAGUGAUCUGUUGAUAUUCCAGACUCAGCCUUACUCACUCCUCAGGUUGUGUCUGGACUGCAUUGGUAAAAAUGCAGCUCUCCUGAAGAAUCAAAUACCGUGCUUGCCAUCCAAACUUUUGCAGCAGGUGCUGAAAAAAAUAACCUUCUGGGCUGCAGUGAACCACCGGCAAGAGCGGAAAGCUGAAACGGAAAGACAGGGCCAGCUAACGGCCACAUGA